UGGGAACGUUUGUCCGGAACCUUCUGCUGCUCUACCGCGUUUCUCUACGGAACUAUUUCUUCGCAGCAGGUCUAGAAGAGUUCUGACAGAAAUCUUCACCAUGGCCGAGACCCACAGCUUACAGGACAUGAGGCAGCAGGUGGCGGUUGCAGCCAAAGUCUUCAUUCAGAGGGAUUACACCAAUGGAACCAUGUGCCAGUUCCAGACCAAGUUUCCUUCAGACCUGGAGACCAAGAUCGACAAGCAGCAGUUUGAGGAGACGAUUCGGACGCUGAACAACCUUUACGCUGAGGCGGAGAAGCUGAGCAGCCAGUCGUUUAUUGAAGGCUGUCUGGCGUGCCUCACGGCGUACACCGUCUUCCUGUGCAUGGAGACUCACUACGAGAAGGUUCUGAAGAAGAUUGCUAAAUAUAUCCAGGAACAGAAUGAGAAGGUCUACGCGCCACGAGGCCUGCUGCUGACGGAUCCCAUCGAGAGAGGACUCCGAGUCAUCGAGAUCACCAUCUACGAAGACAGAAGCUUCAGCAGAUAAAAGCCGGUGAGUCCCGCCACAGAGCAGAGAUCCGUUCCACUGGUGAUGCGUGACGCUCACCAAGCUCAACAUUUUCUCCCACAUUUGUAACUUGGCUCAGGAAAUAAAGAGGAGC